CUUUAUAUGUUGAAUAGAAAAUUUAUUACCGUAGUAGUAAAAAAGAUUUGGUCAUUAUCGUCAGGCAGGGUUUAUUUGGUCUCCCCAUAUAUUCCAAAAAAAGAGAAACACAUUUCGAAAAUUCUAAAAACAAAACAAGAAAAAAAAAAAAAAGGAAAUCAACCAAAAAAUAAAAAUAAAAAAAUUGCAAGACUUCUCCAACACACCAUAGGGGCAACCGUUCUCUUCUUACUCAUAAAACUCCCUCCUCUUCUCUCUCUGUGAAAAAUUUGCAAAGCGGUUUUUUUCUUUUGAAUUUAUCCACAACCUACACUUUGAAUUCAUCUCAUACACAUAUUUAUACACAGUUGAGGGAGGCAUUUGUCUCUCUUUUUCACAAAAACAAAGAUAGGUAAAGAACCAAAAAACAUGUUUUACUCACAGUUACUUCUUUCAAAGAAAGGGCCUUUAGGCACCAUUUGGAUUGCUGCUCAUUGUCAUAAACGUCUCAAGAAAGAGCAAGUUCAACAGACUAAUAUCACUUCUUCUGUUGAUAAAAUUCUGCUGGAUGAAGCUCCUGUGGUUACAUACAGAAUUUUAGGUCACCUGCUCCUGGGCGUGGUUAGAAUAUAUUCGAAAAAAGUGGAAUAUCUUUUUCACGACUGUAAUAAUGUCCUUGUUAAACUUGGUGAUUUUUCAACUCGCAAGAGACCAACCAGCAAACUAUCAGCUUUAAGGAUUGAGGGUAUGCGUGCUCCUACCCGCUUUAUCACCCGACCAAAGAGAUUUGAACUGGAUACUUUUGAUCUGGAAGUUUUGGAAGAUCAAGACGCAAGCAGUGGUCAUGUGGCAUCCCGUGAAGAAAUUAUGCUUUCAGAUGCUCGGGAAAAUGAGCAACCAGGUUUUGGCUUAUCUAGCAAGUACGAGGAACAUGUCUCUCAUUCAGAGUCUUUGACCACGGAUCACACUCCAGUUAGAGACAUACUUUCACCUCACCUGAUGUACAAAGAUUUUGACGUCCGUCCGUCACCUGGGUCAGGCCACGUGGCAGCUAUGUUGGACCUUCAUGAGACUAGGUUCUCCUUGGAAGAGCGCUUUGAGCCUAUGACCUUUGGGGACAUUGAAAUUCAGAUGACCUCAGAUAAGAUAGCUGAUCACCUGUCUGAUGAUGAGCAGAUGAAAAAGUCUAAUGCUGGGACCUUGGUAAAUGAGGAGCAUCUUUUUGAAAAGAGGUCAUCUUUGGAAGAACACACAGAACCAAUGAUUAUCGUCAACGCCGAAACAGAAACCAACAUUCAUCAGAUGACUUCUGAUAAGACAGAUGAUCACCAAAAUAAUGAUGAGCAGAUGAACGAGUCUAAUGCUGGGAACUUGGUAAAUGAGGAGCAUCUUUAUGAAAAGAAGUCAUUUUCGGAAGAACACGCAGAACCAAUUAUCAUCACAGACACUGAAACUGAAACCAACAUUGAUCAAGGAUCUGAGAAAAUUCAUCAGCCAAUUGAGCGCUUAAAACACCCUGAUAUAGGAGUGAAUGUAGAUGAUGAAGGAUCAGCAGGCCUUCGUGAAUCAUUUCUUGUGGAAAAGCAUUUUGGUUUUGAGAAAAAGAAAGCAUCUUCCUCUAGAAAUGAGAAGGAUCGGACUAAAGAUGAUCGGUCAGUGUCCCUUUGUAUUGAUGUAACCCCAGAGAUCAAGUUCCCAGGAUCUACUUCACCGGAUUUCAUAUCUGUUCGAACCCCGGCUACCAAGGAGCGUACUCGGAUUUCAAGGAAGCGGAAGUGCAUAUUUGAUGAGUCUAUUGUAAUCCGAAAUGAGGUAUUCAAGCACUGGAUUGGUGAUGCGAGUGACUUGGUAUGCAAGAGAAGGAAAGCCCCUCAUUCCAAUUACUUAGCAUGGAAAGCACAUAAAAUCUCCUCACUUCCUCAGAGUUUCGAGGAGCCUCUAAUUCCAUGGAGUGGUGCUUCAAUUGAUAUUACAUCUGCAAUUUGCAAAAUUAGAUCAACAAGGGAUGGGGUUGCAGAAACAGUAGAAGUUCCUCUGCAUGCGGACAUACCAGAAUCUCCUAAUAAACUAAGAUCUGGGGAACAAAUACCUAUUGCUCCUGCUACAUCUCUGCAUGAGGACAUACUUGAAUCUCCUGGUACACUCAGAUGUGGAGAACAAAUACGUAUUCCUCCUGCCACAUCUUUGCAUGCGGGGAUACCUGAAUCUCCUAGUACACUCAGAUACGAUGGAGAACAAACACCUAUUGCCCCUGCAACACCUGUCACUGGCUCAAGCUCGUUGAGAUUUCAUGAUAUGGGAGGAACUUCUAGAUCACACAUAGUACCAGCAAGUUCAACUGAAAACUCAGAGAAAGGAGCACGUUCCGUGGAGGAUAUAGAAUUCGAUAUGAAUUUGAUGGAUGAGGAGAUAAACUCAUGUGAAGGGGAUACCUCAGAAAAAUGUAAAUUUUCACUGAGAACAAGAAAGGUUGCAAGAUUUCUGCUUGAAAGCUUUCUUGCUCGAAAGGGGAGGGAGGAGGUAGAAGCUGUUAACUUUUCCUUGCUUCUGAAGGGGAAAACAAAGAGAGAUAGUGCAAGGGUGUUCUACGAGAUACUGGUUCUGAAAUCGGGAGGCUGGAUAGAUGUGCGUCAGGAUGAUGCCUAUAAGGACAUUCAUUUGCAAAAACUCCCUAGACUAAAGCAUACCUUUGAAGCCGAGGGCUUCCGCUCAAAGUCCUGAUUAUGUCCUACAUGGAGAGCAGUAUUGGUAAAUAGUAGCACAGGAAAAACUGACAUGCAGAUAUACUUUCUCUUUAAGCGAUGUAUGUAAAUUAUAUAGUAGUAGAUGAACCAAUCACAUGCAUAUAUGCCUUUUUUGUACUGUUUGGUUACAUGAAGAUCGGAGGAUAGAGUGGAAGAGGGUGGAGCAGGGCUUCCCUUGCUAGGCUGAGGAUGUAACAAGGAGGAAGAAACAAUGAGAGGUUGCAUUGGUGUUGAAUCAACCAUUUCUCCUCCUUUCCAUGAGUGGAAGUCA